AUGCAGGAGAUUAAGCGCAACGAUAUCACGCCUGAGAGCGCAUCCAUGAAAGGCGAUCUCAUCUAUGGCACCAAACCUGAAGCUGUUCACUAUGAGAAUGCGCCUACUUUUGAAGGCGCAAUCACAUCAGGUCAUCUCAUUGAUGAAAACCUUUUGCGAGCCGAAAAUGAAGACAAGGUUACCCCUUACUUCAUCUUCCUUAUCUCGAUUGCCGCAGUGGCGGGAUUCCUGUUCGGAUAUGAUACCGCGGUCAUUGGAUCUGCUCUGCCACUGGUUGGCACAGAUCUUGGACACGUCAUCUCCACAUCUGAGCAAGAGAUCAUCACCGCUGGUACCACCAUAGGUGCCAUCUUUGGUGCUAUGAUCUUGGGUGGCCUUGCUGACAAGAUUGGCCGAAAAUGGUCGAUGGCCCUCGCCGAUCUCUUCUUUACUGCUGGAGCGAUCAUCAUCGCAGCUUCAUACUCGGUGCCUCAAAUGAUUGUCGGACGUCUUAUUUUGGGUGUCGGUGUCGGUGGUGCCGCCGUCAUUGGACCAUUGUACAUCACCGAGCUUGCUCCUACAGCCGUUCGAGGACGAUGUAUCGGUGUCAAUGCUUUCUUUAUCCCCUUUGGACAAGUCAUAGCCAGUGCUUUGGGUGCUGCCUUCCAGAAUAGAGUUCCAGCUCACAUUGCUUGGAGAUUACUGUUCGCUUUGGGAGUCAUUCCGUCCAUCGUCCAACUCACCUUAAUGCAUUGGUUACCGGAGUCUCCUCGUGUCUUAUUGCUUCGCGGAGAUACCGAGAGGGCUAGAGAAACCAUCAAGACUAUCUACAAAGGUGCCUCUGACGAAGUGAUUGACUUCAAGAUGACAGUCACCCAGCAGUACGUCGACGCUACCACAGUCAUGCAGAGGCAAUACACUAUCUUGCAGCAAUGGAAACGACUGUGGACCCACAAGCCUUACCGACGUGCCAUUAUUGCUGUAUCUUUGAUUCAAGCUUUCGGUCAGCUCACCGGUUUCAACACUCUGCUUUAUUACUCUGGAAAUAUCUUCGGUCUGCUCGGUCUCAAAAAUUCCGCUGCUGCCGGUUUGAUCCCUGCUGGUGGUAAUGCCAUGUUCUUGUUCAUCGGUAUGACCGUUGUCGAUCGACUCGGUCGACGAAGGCUCCUUGUCUUGGCGAUUCCCGGGAUGAUCAUCGGAAUGGUCUGGAUGAUCAUAUCUUUCCAUUUCUUGACUAGACCCACUGGCGGCCAGUUGGUCGAAGGGUUUGCCUAUUCGAAUGGUAUCGUCGGCAGUGUCUUGGGUGCCAUCUUGCUCUUCACGGCUUGUUUCGGUCUCACCUACUCUCACAUUGUAUGGUACCAAUCCGAGUUCCUCGCCUUGGAGAUCCGUGCCCUUGGGUCCUCGAUUGCCACAACCUGCUGCUGGCUCGCAAAUUUGGUCGUCUCGGUAUGUUACCUCACCCAGCUCAAAUCUUUGGGUGCCACCGGUACAUACGGUCUUUACUUGGGCUUCAUGCUCGUUGGUUACGUAUUUGUAUUCUUCUGCUACCCCGAAACCAAAGGUCUUUCCAUCGAUGAGACACAAUCCGUGUUCCUAGAGGGCUACGGGGUGAAGAAAGCCCAAAUGAUGUUGAAGGAAAAGCGAAAGAUGACAGCGGAGCUCAACUCAACUGUUUAA